UAGCAGUUUUAAUGAAUUUGGCGUGCGGUUCGGUUGUGAAAUAUUUAUGUUAAUAAAAAAAGGCAUUUUGUGCAUAAAAUAAAUAUGAAAAAACAUUUGUGAAGCUUGAAUUAACACUAACUGCUAUCUAGGAGUUUUUGAUGAUAUAAAAUUAUCGGCUUAUACUGAGUUUUUGAGAGAUUUGAUGUCACUAUACUACUCGACUGAUUUCAUAAAUAGUGCAGAAUUUCGUUUUUUUUUUUGUUAAUCAAGUGCGUAAAUAAAAAAAGGAUUCAUCGAAAAUAUCGUCAAAAACGAUUUAGAAGUCUACAAGACCAGGAUUUUGCACUGGCCGUUUUUCUCGUUUUGGGUUUUUUCCUACAGUGGCUUCAAAACUAUUGGGGCUGGCAGCAAUUCAGCGCUUCUAAAAGUUUUGUUUAUAGAGCAAACGCCGUACUGCGGAUUGUGUAAAAUCUUUUACGUGUGCUAUAAGAUUUUACAAGCGCCAGAUUUCUUUAGACUUCGCUAUUCAGCUAAGGAGAAUACAGAGUCAUAAUUAGUAUUUGCAAUGUCUGCUUUAGCAACUCUAUCUAACCCAUCGGCCAAUGACUCCGCAAACGCUGGUGGUGGCUCUUCAAACACAGGUGGUGGUGGCGGAGGUGGCAACAAUGUUGAGCGUCGUUGUGAAAAUACCGAUUGCAAUGUCAUCAAACUAGUUUCUAUGGUGCCUAAGCGCAAGAUUACACAAUUUGUCACAGAACCCACGGUUAUGGAGAAGCCAAUGCUCAUAAAUGGUUUCACAACAGUGUUCCAAGUUGAGGGUAAUUCGGCAAAGUUGAGUGAUUUGAAAAAUCCCAAUCCGAACACAACUGUGCAAGCCAAAACAAUUUUCCGCAUUGUACCAAACACUCAUGCACACAUUGUAAACUAUGUUGUCGUUGAUGCGGAUGGUGAUUCGUUGCGCAAAAUUAACGAAGGUGAUCCGGCAACAAUGCGUAAACUACUUGAAUCGCAAAAAGUGAGUGCUGAUCAAAUGUUGAAGAAAUUAAUGGCAGGACAUGGCCCCAGUAUACCUAUAAAUUGCGGUAAUGCACCGACUCCAAUAGGUGUAAACACCAUAAACCCAGCGUCAACCGUAAAUUCACGCCCGGCGGUGGUUACUACAAACGCAGUAGCCGCAUCUGGUACAAUAACGCCAACUAUUAACACAGCUAGCGUAAAUGCACGCGUCAAUGCCACGCAAGCAUCUGCAUCCAGUGGCACAAGUGCUGGUGCAAUAAAGUCAUCAGCUAUACAAUUACCUAUGCGUAUGCAUCCGAAUUUGAAGAUAACAGCUGUGGCAAGCAGGGAGACAUGUGGCCAAAUGGUGGAUGCAAAUGUGCCGCCAGUGCAGGUGCAACCGCCGCCAGCUCCUGCAGCGCCCACGGUGCCCUUAAUCACACCUGUACCCUUGGCGAAUUUACAGAAUUUGCCUGUUACUGGUGCACCUACGGGGGACAAGCCGAAUAUUGAUAAAAUGCAAGCCGAACUGGCGGAAUUGCGACGCACUGUUGCUAUGCUUGCCGAGGCAAUGCCUAUGAAUGCGCAAGCACAGAAGGCGCUUCAACAAACAACGUCUCAACAACAAAAUCGCACGGUUACCGUUAAGAGACAGCGUUUAAAUUAGAACUAAAAUGUAGAUUCUUAAGACUUAUAAUGGAUGUACAAUAUGUACAUAUUUAGUAAUAUUGCUUGUUAAUGACGAGAUGAUAACCUAGAAAAAAGGUUACGCUUAAGGCAGAUGGAAGGCAUGACACAAGCAUGUGUAUGAACUCCAUUAGGGACAAGGGGUUAUAUAUCGUCACUAUCAAUGGAAAUGGUCCUAUUUGACAAAUUUGGAUUCAAUUAAAAACAAAGAAAAAACAUUUAAAUUGACAGCACAUCUGUUCUAAAUAUGCCAAAAAUUAAUGUUUUUGUUUAAAGGCAGAGUCACACGAUUGGGGCAAGUCCAUAUACCAAUCGGGUGAAUGCACUAUUUUCUCAAUCAAUUUUUCCCAAUCACCGAAAACAAAUGGUUCAAAUUUUUCAUAAAAAAGUUCGCUGUAUUGUACCAAAAAAAUAAAACGUCCAAUUUUUAUAUUUUUAACUAAUGCCCCAAUAUAAAAUGUACAAAUCUAUUUUGUACAAUCUUGUGACUCUGCUUUAAGAUAUUAAGAUAUGGACUUGAACUUUGGUUUCGAGCUGUAUCUGAGAGUCAGCUAACGGAAUAUU